GUAAUGUUUAUGGCGGAGAACUGAUAAUGGCAGAAGAAUCUGAAAGUGAUGAUAUUUUGUUUAGAUCUGGAGAACACUUCCGUGAAGAAGUGGAAAGUAAGACAGACAGUGUGUGGCUCAUUAAGGUUAUACCUCCAGGUCGUCGAGGAUUAUUGCCUCCAAAUUCAUGGAAAACCGUAAAAAGAAAGGUGUCAUAUUUUGGAAUACGUACUGGAAUCUUUAAAUGUACUUUAGAUUUAAGAUUCUGUUUAGAGAAAAAGUGGAUUAAACCAAGCAUCCUCCUGGCAAUGGAAACCUCUAAAGACUAUGUUACAAUGUUUCAUCAUUAUAAACCAAGCCAGCCCGCAUACAUACUGGACUGGAUAAACAUCCACCUGAAGUUAAAAAUUACAAUACUAUCCAAUCAUGGUGCUGCCCGGAAAUGGAUGGAAUCGGCAGAAAGAUUUUCAAAAUACAUUCAUGUUGCAUAUUAUUCAAAAAUUGAUCAACUACCACUAUUUUACUCCUCACUCGGUGUAAAAUUCGCUGGAAGAAUCAAGUUUGCAUUUAUGUCAACGAAUCCAAUGGAAUUAUCCACGAUGGAAAGGUCUCAAAAUGAUACUUUAAAAGUCCCAUCUAUAUUAGUUAUAACUCCAGAAGGUACCUUACUUUAUGGUAAAUGCCCCGGUGAAUUUGUAUCAUAUGCAGGGCUUGGGCUUUACUUAAGUACACUAUCACUCGACCUUACUGAUAGCGAUGCAGCUAUUUGGAGUUUCAUAGUUGUGAAUGUUAUCUGUUUUUUUGAAUUCUGUAUAACACAAGGUGGGAUUUUUAAACGAAUCAUUUGCACAAUCAAGUUGAUUUUAAUAUCAAAUUUUUUUCUUUAUGUAUUUUGGAUAUCAGUCUUGUUCCUUGAAGUUUUGUUUCUAUCAAUUCUUGAAGCCUUUUGGUAUUUUGCCAACAACCUCCUUGAAACAUUGCAACUAUCAUUACUUGAAAUGUUCAGGGAAAUCCAUCACAAAUUUGUUAUAUCGAAUAUAAUGUGCUAUAUACGGCAUGAUAUUCUUGUUUACUCCAACAACAUCAAAUUUCUCUUGUUUAUAACAUAUUGCUUUAUUAUCGGUUUAAUUGAAAAAUUUCUUAUGAGAUCAACAGUGGUCCCACAAGAAUCAAUUGCAGCCGCAAGGCCCCCUGGAGCCACUCAUCGAAAUAAUGCCCGUAUGGAGGAAGCAGUACCGGAAAUAGAGGGAGAUAGACGUACAGCUACACAACCUGUAAAUUUACACCAUCUAAUAAAUUUACGCCAUCUAAUGAACUUACACCAGGUAUAUCUCGCAAUAAACAGAGUAGUGGGGGAAAGCAGGGAUCAGCUGAUUGAUGAAUUUAUUGUAAAUAUGGUUCUUGAAACAGAUUAUAUUUCAGAACUAAAAAGAUGGAAAUACUGCAGUAUGAACGUGAGGGAUUGUCACCAAUCACUUGGUAUGCUGUGUGGGCCACGUGAACAAAUGAAUGUUGAGCUGAAUGCAGAUACUCUUGGAACAAUAAAUGAAUUCCAACCUAAUGUGUCCCAGGAGCAACGUGAAUUGUUUAAAAGAUUUAUAUCAACAGAGUGCGUCAUAUGUCAAUAUGAUUAUUACCACGGGGAGCUUAUUUGUGGGUUACCAUGUGGCCAUUCAUAUCAUGAUGGUUGCAUUUUAAUUUGGCUGAGAGGUGACCACCAUCGUUGCCCAUCCUGUCGAAAGCCAGCUUAUAGCCAGGGGAACUUUUUAUGGUUUUGGAGAACCCCCCUUUUCCAUUGGUAA